AUGCAGCCUCUCAAACGGACGGGCGUGAGCUGCGCACGUCGUCUCCGACCCCAAGUACAGCGACAAUCGCGCCGUCACGCCUCCGAUUCCCACGGCCCCGACUCCCACGGCUCUCACGAUGCCCACCACUCUACCCCUGCGAACGAGUCUUUCGGGUCUGGAUUCUACAUUGCCCUCGCCGCGAUCCCGGCCUCCUUCGCCCUCUACAAGUUCUCGAGACAAGGCACCGAUGAGCAGCCAUACUUCACGCGAUUGAUCAGAGACACAUACAACGGAUACAAGGAUAGAUGGGCCGAGAGAAAUGCCUCCCACACACAGGCAAUGGAGCAGGCUGCGGCAGACCGUGUCAUCUUUUUGAACGAGUCGAACAACACCCUGCGGAGAGUUGAUAUUCGAUUUCCAGAAAUAUUCAACACCGGCUCGCCCUGGAACGUCCCCGCAGGACACGGCAGUGCCAACUUGGAUCACUUGAUUGCGAAGUACGAGAAGGAGGCCUAUGAGGAGAAUGACAGGAAGCUGAAGCAGCUGAGGGACAACAAUGUGCCUGCGGAGAAGGAGUUUGAGUCGUUCAGGAAGCUCACGUCGGCAGCGAAGGACAGCUAG